CGUUGUUCGCUACAUAUAUAAACGUGAAUUUAGAAUACAAAGUGUAUUUAUUCUGUGUGAAUUAUUACUUCAAAAUUUAUCUAUAAAAACACGUGAAUAUUAUUAAUAAAAAUUUGCGUACGGUUUUUUUUAAUCUGAAUUAUUAAAAAUUUGAAAAUUUUGUACUAUUUUGUUAAGUUUCUGGAAUAAGAGUUCUUUUCGAUUAUAGAGCACAGGGCAAUCACAGACGCUCCUUCGUUCAACGAUAUUGUGAACAUCACAAAAAGUUUGUAACCAUUGAAAAAUUCAUCGUAUGUGCGGUGAAUCCGUGAUACGAAUUCAUUUUGACACACAUAUAAUAAUCCAACAAGUCAGGCGACAGUGAAAGGUGACACGAAAAGACGCAACUAGCCAAAAUAAUACGAUUAAAAGUUUUUGGAGAUAUUUUCGAGGUAACAUAUACGUGAUUCGUUAUGUCAACGCCACCAUUGUCCACAUCCAUGCCACCCGUACCUCCAGGAGGUAGACGUGAAUCGUUUGCACGACGAGCCGAAAGUCUAAUCGAACAGAGAUAUGUUGUGAGCACAGACCGAAGCGGAGAUAUUUCAGUGACAGUUCAGGGUGAUUUAUCGCAACAAGAAAAACGAGCUGUUUUUUUAACCGUUCAUGAUUUGGGAUGCAAUCAUACAUCAUUCCAAGAGUUUGUGAACAGUCCAUGCAUGACUGAAAUUAAGGAGAGAUCGUGUUUCAUUCACGUUGAUGUCCCUGGUCACGCUGAUAACGCUGAAAAGCUUCCUGACACCUUUGUUUUUCCAUCGCUGAAAACACUUGGUGAGGAUUUAGUCACCGUAUUAGAUUUCUUACAUGUUAAAUAUGUAAUCGGGCUCGGUGAGGGAGCUGGUGCAAAUACAUUGGCACGCUUCGGUUUGGCCCAUCCGGCUCGGUGCUUGGGUUUGAUUUUAAUCAAUUGCACCGGAAGCGCCGCAUCCGUUGUUGAUUCUUUCAAAACUAAGUUCAUCAACUGGAAGGCUGACGAGGUUGCCCAAAGCGCCGAAGAUUUUCUGCUGUAUCACAAAUUUGGUCAUAUCAUUGCCAAUGAGCAAUUGGUUGGUGAAAGUAAUCCGGACAAGGAGAAAGUCAUUCAUGAGUUUCAAGACCGCCUGCAUGGCGCUUUGAACAACAAGAAUAUGGGACUCUAUGUAAAAGCAUUCAUGAGUCGUAAAGAUUUAUCAUUGAAAGAUUGCAAAAUCGAUGCGCUCCUAAUAACUGGCAUGCUAUCGCCAUAUGCAACGGUCGUCGAGAAGCUUCAUCGUGACGUAAAUAAGGAACGUGUCACCAUGUUAAAAGUUGAACGAGCUGGCGAUGUUCUGGUUGAUGCUCCAGCAAAGGUAGCCCAAUCAAUUUUGCUGUUCUGCAAAGGCCAAGGUCUUUUAACAUCGGUUGCAAUGCCCGGGGUUGAUCGCGGACGCGCAUUCAGCACCAGCUCGGGCGGUUCAAAUGAUGGUUCAUUAUUGGGGCCACGUCGCCUUUCUCGCGGCAUGUCUAUGGAAGAAUAUGAUAAACCAAACAUUCGUCGACUCAGCAUCACCGUCAACAACGAUGGCAUUCCAGUAACUGGACGAAAAUAAAUUCAAUGAAUAAACAAUUAAAGCUAAUUGAAAUACCAUUUUGAAAAUGGUUUACAAGAGAAUAUACAAGUUACAAGAGAAAUGAAACAUAUGGAUAGAAGUCUUAAGAUUGACGCUGUAGUAGACCACACGGAUUGACAAGUGAACUAUUCUCCAGAACAAUUUUACUCUGUUUGAUUAUACAACUCUUUUUAUAUCUUACAUUUCCAAUUUUUAUGAUAAAAUUCACACAUUUAUUAGAAGUCUAACGACUCUAUCGUUUUUUUUGUUUGUUCCUAAUAUUCGAUAUUUUAUUUCAUUUUUUUUAUUGUUGUUGGUUUUAUGUUUAAAGAAAUAUGUAUUUUUGAAGAAAUUGUAUUAGUUAUAUUGGUAACUUUAAAAAAAAUAUGUCAUAUUUGUUUCAAAUUAAGCAAGGAAAGGUUAUCUAUCAAAUUAAGACGAUGAAAAUUACACAGUCUAUUCAAUGUUGACCAUCUGAAUAACUUUAUUACCGUAGAUGAUAAAUUAUACUCUUUAACCAUAUAACAUAAUGCUCUAAAUAGAAGUAAAAUAUGAUAGAAUGAUUUUGUGCAUAUGCAUAAAAAAUAGUGAAAUAAUGUGCUUUCGUUUUUUCUCUCUCAAUCUGAUACCUCCUUCUAAUCGGCUCGCAUUUAUUCCAACAUCCACUGAUUGAAAAAGUCGUAAAUUCUCUAUCGGAGAAUCAAGGAGAGAGUUCGCCAUAAGGAGGGGGGUUAUACAGUUAUACCUGUAUUCAACGUAGUAAAUGUGUAUCAAUAAAGUAAUAAUAAAUGAUUUAAAUCUGCAUCGCCAUUUAUCUGAUUAAUUUGCACAAGAGCAUUUUUCGUAGUAAAAAAACUUGAAUUUAAUGAUAGAAACUCUGAUAAUGGAAAAAAAAAAGAUACAUAAAAUAUAAGGAUAGUAAAGAAGGUCAUAUUGUCGCCUCUUUCUCUCGCAAUUUCGAUAGUCCGUAUUAAAAGAAAAAAAAUAUUAACCACUAAGCAAACCAUUUCGUACCAUAAUAAAAUUCAUAUCAAUUUGACGAUAUGUUAAUGCACCGAAAACAAUGUUCAAAAUUUAUGAGAAAACAAACCGAUAAGCGAUAUAAACCGAUUUUCGGCUAAAACAAAUUUACCGAAACAUGUUUAGAAUAAAAAAAAUAUGAUCCAACUGUUGACAAUGUAGUAUUGAUAUAAGCUCACUGAAACAACAGACAAAAUCGCACACACAUCAGCACCAUCAUAAUCAUUUUAUUCAUAGCAAAUAGACGAAAAUCCAAAUGACAAAACAAAUACAAACGGUACCUUUUUUCCACUAUUUCGAGCCGACGAUAUUUUUACACAGCUCCCACGCAAUACAAGUAGACUUUUUUUAGCAUAAUACUUGCAAAAUCAAAUGACCCGAUAAUUUGAAAGAGAAAGAGAUAGUAGACAAUUUGAUUAAAUGACUUUGGUGUAGAAUGAAAUUCAAUGGAUUUAAGCUUAAAAAUGGAGUGUGUGAACCAUUGCAAAAGCGAUAUUGUAUUUGAACAGGGCAUUUUAUUGGACAUGAUGAGCCAUUUAGAGUUGAUGUUUUCGCUAUGAAAUGCAGCUUUAUUAUCGAAAUAUUUAUAGAAUUAAAUAAUGACCUUUUCAGAUGCGCCAUACACUUUGGAUAAAUUGAUUUAUAUCAUAAGAGAUUUAAUGUUUGGGAUCAGAAUCAACAUUUUAUUUUAUGUGUACUCUAUUCAAGGAUCAUCAGUAUAAAAAUAGAUAUCUCAAUAAAAAUACAUUGGCACUUAUAUUUACCAAA